AUGGCGGCGCUGCAGCGGAGCUUCAUAGAGAUCUGUGGCUUUGAGAGGGAAACUCUGCAGAGGUUCCGAGAAGUCACAGUAAACCUCGGUCUCAGUCCUCUUCCUGGUGGAGUUAAGUUCCCGGACAGUGCCGGAGCCUUUCAUUAUGAGGACAGUGGGAAGCUGCUGUCUGUCACCAGCAACAGAUUCAUUCACUGGUCGACCUCGGGCGACACGGUGCAGCUGCUGGAGCAGUCUCUGGACACCAACCUGCUCAACAACGCUGUUAAAGUUAAGUUCAGCCACUGCACCGUUCUGCCGGGCGGAGUCACCAUCCAGGAGACGCUCAACAAUGUCGUCAUUCUCAUCAGCACCAAUCAGAGCGUCCACAGGCUGGUGCUGCCGCACCCGACGCGCAUGUAUCGCAGCGAGCUGGUGACGGAGCUCCACAUGCAGUCCGUCUUCUCUGACGUUGGGAAGCUGAGUCUGCAGGAUCCGUCUCACAGCGCCGUCAUCCCGACCGCGGUGGGACAGACAGGAAGUCCGAGCACCUCCGCAGCCUGGCUCAGUCAGCAGGGGGAGGCUCACUACGCCCUCGCUUCACCCGCAGGAGGCAUCAUGGUCGUUACUCUGCCGCCUCACGACACACAAGGGAGUGUGUCGGUGGUGGAGCUGAAGAGGAGCUCCAUGAUGCAGAGGAUCUCCGGCUGGAUGCCGAGCGUUAUCCGAGGGGAGCAGACUCCGGCCGACUUGGCCCUCAGUCUGGUUGUCAGAGAGCUCGAGGAAGACUCCUUCAUCUUCGCCCUCUGCCAGGAUCUCAAACUGCGCAUGUGGUCCUUCAGGGAGCAGGUGUGCCUGCUGGAGGCGGACAUGUUGGAGUACAUGCCGGCCUGUAAGGGGGUGAAGCGUCUGUCCGGUCAGAGUAACCGGCUGCGGCUGACGUUCUGCGCCACCACCGGUCUGUGCGUAGCCGUCUACCUCGCCGUGCCGCAGAGGGGGCAGUUCAUCGUCCUGCAGCUGGUCGGCACCGACAACAACCGCUACAGCCUCGACCACAUCUCCUCUCUGUUCUCCACGCAGGAGACUCUGGUGGAUUUCACUCUGACCCCGACAGAUAUUUGGGGUGUUUGGGUCGACGACUCCAACACCACCAUCGUCAAAUACAUCAACUUUGAACACAACAUGGCCGGUCAGUGGAACCAGGUGUUCGUUCAGCCUCCGCCCGAUGACGAAGUCCAGAUAGGAGUAGACCAGGACCCAAGGGAAACAUAUCUGGAGAUGCUUUUCUCUCCUCUGCGCUUCACUGCGUCGGCCAUCGUUAAAGCUCUGCAGAUCUACCGACGAGGCUCCGAGAGGAUCACAGACGUGUCGUGGGAGAGUCUGAAGAAGGAAGUGACGGUUGCCGUGGAGAGCGAGUUGCAGAGCAGCGUGACGGAGUUCGUCUUCUCUCAGGAGGAGUACCGACAGCUGCAGGUGGAGUUCUGGUCCAAGUUUUACGCCUGCUGCCUUCAGUAUCAGGAGGCGUUGGCGAUGCCGCUCGGCCUGACGGUCAGCGCUCAAACCAGCAUGGUCUGCCUGCUGAAGAAGGGUUUUGUUUCCUUCCUGCUGCCUUGUUUCGCCGUGGAUCACUUGUACCUCUCCUGUGACGAGUAUCUGUUCUCAGAGGACGAGACCCCCGUCACAGAAGACCCUGAGCUGGGCCGAGACGUCCUGCAGCUGGUUCAGUGUCUGCGGCUGGUGAGCGACGCCGUUUCGGGAGAGAUGGCGUACAACAUGGAGAAAGCUCUGGAGCACGUGGAGUCACCGGAGAGAGCCGCCGAGCUCAUCCUGGAGACCAUGCUGUCUGAUGACAACGAUAACGUGAUCGAGGACAUUCAGAACAAACUGCAGGACGUUCGUAACCCGACGGCGGCCAUGAUGAUCCUGCUGAGGGAGAUGGACCUGGAGACGGACGCCGAGGUCGGAGGAGAGGGUCACAUGAUGCCUGGUCAGACUCUGAACAUGAGGAUCAGCCUCUCUCAGCUGUACGGCAGCAGCGCGGCGGUGGCUCUCGUCUGUCAGGCCGUCUGUCACAUGGCCAUGACCAGAGUCCACUUCUGUCGAGACCUGCUCAUCCUGCAGAAGCUCUACCUGCGCUUCGGAGACAACGUGUUUCUUGGUGGGGGGGCUCAACUGUUACAGCUCCAGCAGGACCUGAUUCCGCGAAGCUCCCACCUCCUCUCCUCCUAUUACCUCCUCAGACACAUUAGUCAGAGUCUCACCUCAGCUGUUCCCACGGAUACCAUCGAUGCUAACCUGCAGCACCUCACCGUGUUGGAGCUGUCCGACGCUCCGACUCUCAACACCAACGUAACAGCUCUCAGCCCUCAGACGAUUGUGGAGCUUUUCUAUCAGACCGUCGCCAGGAAGUUGAUCAUCUCUCAGGUUUUCUCCCAGCAGCAGACUCCUGCAGCGGGCAAUGCUCUGCUCCUCUGGCCCCACCUGGUGUCCAACGUGGUCAACCUGCUCGCUCAGCUGCUUUGGCCCAGUAACCCUGGUUUCCAGUUUCCUGAGUGUCUGAUGGCGAACUGCCAGUACACACAGCUGCAGGACUACGUGCGUCUGAUUGGUCCGUGGUGUCAGGUGAACAUCGGCUCCUGUCGCUUCAUGCAGGGUCAGUGUUACCUUGCCAACGGCGAAGGCCACAAGGCCGUGCAGUGUUUCCAGGAAGCUGCCACUGAAGUAGAGAAGGAGGAGUUCCUGAUGAAGCUGACGGGCACAGAGGAAGAGGAACCCGCCUCCGUCCCCAGACUGCAAUAUUACAACAAGGUGCUGCGGUUGUUGGAGGAUGUGGGUCUACCUGAGCUUGUGAUCCAGUUGGCCUCUCUGGCGAUAACGGAGGCAGGCAACGACGUCAGCAGUCAGGCCGCUCUGUGGACGAGAAUAUUCAAACAUCAUUUGGAUCUGGGACACAACAGUGAAGCUUAUGAAGCUCUGACCCAGAACCCGGACUCCAGCAUGCAGCUGGACUGUCUCCGGCAGCUGGUCGUCGUUCUGUGUGAACGAUCGCAGCUUCAGGAUUUAGUCCAGUUCUCCUACGUCAACCUGCACGAUGAGGUGGUGAAUAUCAUCGAGUCUCGGGCCAGAGGUUUGGACCUGCUGGCUCACAACUACUACGAGCUGCUGUACGCUUUCCACAUCAACCGACACAACUACAGGAAAGCGGCGACAGUGAUGUUUGAGUUUGGGAUGCGUCUGGGUCGAGAGGUUCGGACUCUGCUCGGCCUCCAGAAGCAGGUGAACUGUUACUUGGCCGCUCUGAACUGUCUCCGUCUCAUCAGACCAGAAUACGCCUGGAUCGUCCAGCCCACCUCAGGAGCGGUGUACGAGCGUCCAGGAGUUUCUCCGAAGAGGAACGCUGAGGGAGAUUUUGCUACUGAGCCAGUGAAGCGUCAGGUCGACAUCCUGGAGCUCAAAGACCUGGAGAAGGAAUACAUGUUGGCCCGCAGCCGCCUCACGCUGGCUCAGCACCACCCUCCAUCUGCUGCCAUCGCUGGCAGCGCCUCGGUGGUGGAGAUGGUGGCCUUACUGGUCCAAACUGGACUGUUUGACUGCGCUCUGUCUCUCUGUCAGAGCUUCAAACUGCCGCUCACGUCCGUCUUCGAGGGUUUGGCCUUCAAGUGCAUUAAGCUUCAGUACGGAGGAGAGGAGUCUCAGAAUGAAGCUUGGAGCUGGUUGGCUGCUAAUCAGCUGUCGUCUGUCGUCAACACCAAAGAGUCCAGUGCGACAGACGAGGCGUGGCGUCUGCUGGCCUCCUACCUGGACCGGUAUCCCUCCACCAACGGGCAGCACCACCACUGCGUCAUCACCAAGCUGAUGUCACACGGCGUCCCGCUGCCUGAUUGGCUGAUCACGUCUUACAAGGGAGUGGAUGCGGCCGCUCUGCUGCGUCUCUACCUGAACUACGAUCUGCUGGAUGCAGCGGCUGAGCUGGUGAUGGAGUACGUUGACGCUCUGCUGGGGAAAGGACACCAGUACUUUGGGAUCGAGCGGCCUCUCUCUGCGACGUCAGCGUUGGUCUGGCUGCCGUACACGUCCAUCGAUCAGCUGCUGCAGGCGCUGAACGAGACGCAGACCAACACAGGCAUUUACAACAAAGUUCGAGACAAACUGGACGAUUAUCACAAACUGGUGGAUCAGACGAGCCGACGAAGACUUCAGACUCGUUAAUUAUAAUUAUAAGAAGAAAAAAAACUGGACGUCAGGAGAUCCACUUUUUUUUAUUUUAAAUGGAAGUUUUUGUCGUCAGGUGUAAAAUCAUUAAAGUGACUCAUUAUUAAUGUAAAUAUUCAGCGAUGUGUGCACGUGGUUAAAAUAUUAAAAAAGGUGGAUUUGUUUAGUUUUUAUAAACAUAUUGUAAUAAAUCCUUUUUUGUACGGUUUUUCCAGCAGAUUUGUUGUAAAUUGUGAUGAAAUUAAACGUUUUUCCUUCA